UCUAAGGUUUGUAAUUUCUUCUUAUACUCCUAUGCUAUCAUGUUACAAUCUCUUUAAAAAAUAAAUAAAUAAAUAAAUUUUCACCGGCCAAUUGCCUAAUUUAUAGAGUUGUCACAUGCUGAUUUGUUUUUAUUAUUCUAUAAUCGAACGGGCUUAUAAAGCCCAAUCCACGAUCCAAGAACUCCAUCUGUAAUUGGCCGAAAAAAGAGAAAUUGUAUAAUUAAAAAGAAAAAAGUCUUCACUGAUCAGGUAAUUUUUUUGAAAGCUACGGGGAAUGGGUAUUCCCAUGGCGGAUUUUCUAUAUCCAGUAGCAUAUUUUCAGUUUGCUACCCAGUAAUGGCCCUUCUUCAAAGACCCUUUUUUGUGCUACUUCUUAUACUAACUCAUCAAUUCAUGCAAUGUUGGAUUGCUUUUGGAUCGGUCAAUGAAGAAGGCAAAAAAACAAGAAGAAGAAUUCAAUGAGGAACUACUAUUGAAGCCGUUGCCAGAUCGCAAAGUGUUGGCCCAUUUCCAUUUUCGAAGCUCUGCCUCUCUUUCCACCUCUAAUGGCGGCCACCACCACUUAUUUCCCAAAGCCAUUUCUCAAUUGGUUCAGAAAUUUCGAGUUAAGGAAAUGGAGCUGUCUUUCACACAAGGUCGCUGGAACUAUGAAAGCUGGGGUGGAUUUGAUCCCAUACCAAGCAGCAAUGCAAAGCCCCCUGGAGUUGAGUUAUGGGCUGUCUUUGAUGUCCCACAACAUCAGAUUGAUGCUUCCUGGCAGAAUUUAACACACACUCUCUCAGGUCUUUUUUGUGCCUCAAUCAACUUCCUAGAGUCUACUACAACUUAUUCUGCCCCAGAAUGGAGUUUUCCACCCGCUUCAGGCAAUCUGAGGUAUGGUACAUUGCCCCGUGAAGCUGUUUGCACAGAGAAUUUAACUCCAUGGCUGAAGUUGCUUCCUUGUCGGGACAAAGCUGGGAUUGCUGUGUUACUGGAUAGGCCAUCAAUUUACCGAGGAUUUUAUCAUUCUCAGCGGUUGCAUUUGACCUCAACUGGAUCUGGUUCAGAGGGGAUGGUUUCGGGCAUCAUAUUAGAACAGACACUUACAGUUGUACUCCAGCCUAAUAGUCAAAGGGCCGGUAUGGCCUAUGCUAGUGAAAGACAUAUUCAACCAAGCUGGUCUCUUACUUCAAUUUUUGGGAAACAAGUUAGUGGAACAUGUGUUCUUGCCAAGUCUAGUAAUGUGUAUCUUCUGCUUGACAGGGGCUUAGUUGCCGAACUAGAGCAUCUACAUAAAGAAAAUGAAAAGUCUGCAGAAAAUGGUUUUACCUCACAGAAUUUUUGGACUAAGCCCAGCUUUGAGUUGUCUGCUGAUCCAGACAGGAUAUUUAUAGAAGAAAACAGUUUGCAUAGCAAGGGCUCAUCUGUUCUGUACAAGUUCCAAGUUGAGAAAUACAGUGAAUCUGAGCCAUUUGAUUUGAGCCUUACUUGGAAGAUUCCUGUAGUUUGGUUGAGUCAACAAGCACCGUUACAUGCUAGUAGGUUUUUGAUGGGAAGUGGGAAUGAGAGGGGUGCCAUUGCCAUUUCCUUAAAAUCUACACAAUUGAGUGAGGGAUUCAUGGGUGCUAAUGCUGAUGAUGAAAGGUGUGACUUGCAAGUCAAUGUUUUUCAAGUUGUGCCUUGGUAUGUCAAGGUCUAUUUCCAUUCUCUGCAAGUGUUUGUUAAUCAACAACCUAAGGCUAUUUCAGAUAUUAUUGAGAAGAUACAUGUUUCACCUUCCAAAGACAAAGUGUCUCCUGGCGUGAUGGAGAUGGUUCUGAAACUUCCUUGCAAAGUGAACUCAGCUGCUUUAACCAUAGAGUUUGAUAAGGGUUUUUUACAUAUUGAUGAAUACCCCCCUGAUGCUAAUCAAGGAUUUGACAUACCAUCAGCUAUUAUAAGCUUUCCCAACUUCCAUGCAAGCAUGAUUUUUCUCAAAGAUGACUCUGUGAACAAGUCACCCUUGUUGUCAAAGUUUCAGGAAAAGAGUCCUGUAAUGUCUUACACAGAAGCAUUACUGGUACCUUUGACAACUCCUGAUUUUAGCAUGCCUUACAAUGUUAUCACAAUCACGUGUACAGUGUUUGCAUUGUAUUUUGGAUCAUUGCUUAAUGUACUCCGAAGGCGUGUUGCUGAGGAGGAGAGAUUUCUUAAAGAAAAAGCUGCCAAGAAAACUGGUCGGCUAUCUCUGCUGCUAUCGAAGUUGUCUGCCAAGCUUAGAGGUAGACAAUGGGAACCUCCUUCUUCACCCCCAGCUUCAUCAUCCUUCAUUAACGCUAAAUUAGUAUUCAAAGUCAUACUGGUAGCUGGACUUGCUGUAGGUUGGCAAUACUUUUUUUCAUGAAGUUAAAAAUAUAGAGUUUUUCAGUACACAAUAUGAGCAGAACGACAGAAUACUGAACCUCAGAAUUUGUGAAAAGAUCAUGUUCUUCCAAAAUCCUAUGUGACUCAAUUUUGUAUCAUUUUGAGCUACUCAUAAUAUUCUUUUACUUUUUGAAAUUUGACUAACCUUUGUUUCACAUAUCUAUUCUCAUCUGCAUAAGGUCAUUGAAUUUCGAGCUCCUUUGGUUUAAAGGCUUGUAUAAAGAUAUACUGGUACGAAAAGGAAAAUUGAUCAAUUGUCAUUUUUAGCAUGUCUGCUAUGGUUAUUUCUUGAGGCUGUUCCUCACAUUGCUGAAGUUUAACCCCUAAUAAUUUCUUUUCUCAUCAUUCAUAAAGUGGCCAUUAAGCUCAACCGUUGUGGGUCUAGCCCGAAUGCUCGAGUAUCGAACCAAGGUCCUGUUUCUGGCCAUCCCAUGCCACGAAUCGAACUAACUUCGAUACCGAAGGACAGAAAAGCUUGAUUGAUCUUGGCUUGUCUCUGCUAUCACCAGACAUCCAUUUCAAUCUCUCUUUUUAGCGUUUCUUCCUUUAGCUCUAGAAGCUUUGUUGCAUGGGUACAGAUUUUUUCUUUUUCAUUUUGUAUUUGAUAAUCUUACGCUAGUUUGCUUCUAACUUCCGCCGACUUCUGGAGCUUAACCACUUAAGGCUGUGACAUGGCCCAGUUUACUUGCCUUACACAUGGAUCAUGAAAAACGAAGGGAUUAAAAAUAGAGGUCUCAAACUAUUGCGGGUAUGUUUGUGUCACAGUCCUCACAUGAAAUCAAAAAUCUCACAUCGGUUAAGUAUUAAAAUUAGUCUUGAGAUAUAAAAAUAAGUUAUGAAAUAUUUUUUAUGAAAUAAAAUUAUAAA